AUUCAGAGAAGGAGUUCCAUGAUGCGGCAAAGCGUAAUGACACAGCCAGGAUGGAGCAGCUCAUCAGCAGAGGGGUUGACAUCAAAGCCAAAAACGAUACAGACCGGACUGCCCUGCACUGGGCCGCGGGAGCAGGAAACGUGGAUGCUGUGCGACUGCUCCUGGAUCACGAUGUCCCGGUGGAUGACAAAGACAGUUUUGGGAUGAAUGCACUUCUCCUGUCUGCCUGGUUCGGCCACCUCCGCGUCCUGCAGAUCCUCGUCAAUGCUGGUGCCAAGAUUAGCUGUGUUGACAAGAACGGCAGGAACCUGCUCCAUUGCGCAGCUCAGAGGGGACACGUCCGAGUGAUGGAGUUUGUCAUGGAGGACCUGGAGGACAUGUGCGUGGAUAAAACAGACAAGAUGGACAGGACAGCGUUUCACCUGGCUGCAGAGCACGGACAGCUGGAGGUGGUGGAAUUCCUAAUUCGACUGGGUUGUUCUCACGGUGCCAAAGACAAGGAAGAAAAUACAGCAUUGCAUUUAGCUGCUAAAAAUGGACACCUUUCCGUGCUGCAGAAGAUUGUAGAUGCUGGAGUGGACCUUGAUGAAAAGAACUCAGAAGGACUCACGGCUCUGCACCUGGCUGCUGAGGGGGGUCACAGCGACUGUGUGAAGCUGCUCUUGGAAGCAGGUGCUGACGUCAAUGCCCAAACCCAGAAGAAGAUGAGCUGCCUACAUUACGCGGCGCUGCACGGCUACGAGGAGAUCGCCAGGAUCCUCAUAGAUGCAGGAAUCCACAGAGACGCCGUUAAUCACCAAAACGCAUCGGCCACACACAUCGCGGUGCUGCAGAACUUCCCAGCCAUAGUGAAGCUCUUCAUCGAUGCGGAGUGUGACCUUGACCUUCCAGAUAACAGGCAGCAGACCUCGCUCCACAUCGCUGCGGAGCACGGCUGGCAGGACAUUGCCGAGAUGAUUCUCAUUGAAGGAGUUAAUCUGAAGCUAACGGACAAGCAAGGGAAAACAUCUCUUGAUGUCGCCGCCCGAGGCAAUCACAUCAACUUGGCGGACAUGAUUAUCAAAGCCGAUCGGUUUUACAAAUGGGAAAAGGACAACCUGAACAGCGACUCUGACUCCUGGGUGGCAAAGCACUUGACCUUUAAGCAAGACCACAGGCUGGAAACACAGCACAUUCGCUCAGUAAUGUGGAGAUUAGCCACAAAGUACCUCAAACCUGGUGAAUGGAAGAAGCUGGCACAUCACUGGAAGUUCACCGACGCCCACAUUAGGGCCAUUGAGCACCAGUGGACAGGCACAAAAAGCUACAGGGAGCACGGCCACAGAAUGUUGCUUAUCUGGCUCCAUGGUGUGAUCACAGCAGGAGAAAAUCCAAUCAAGGGAUUGUAUGAAGGCCUCGUGGGAAUCGGAAGAAGAGAUUUAGCAGAAAGCAUUCGGAAAAAAGCAAACGCAGACUCUGCCUCUCCACGGAAGUGUGUCGCCAUGUAA